AUGGCGGAACGUGGUGCACAUUUGAAAACUGCAGCUGCAGAUGACAGACCGUCGAUAUUCGAGGUCCUGGCGCAGGACUCCCUGAUGGGUGCUGUCAGACCCGCCAUGCGACACACUUGGUGGGGGGGUGUAGCUCUGUCCAUCUCCACUAGCCUUUCCGUGGGCGUGUUCUUCCUUCAGUUCCUCAAGUGGUGGUACUCCUCAGAGAACCAGAGCACCAUCAAGACUCUCACCUCCCCCAGGACCAACAGCGACUGACACAGCAAAGUAUGUCUGCUCUGCCACAAGGUCCGCACCAAUGACACUGUCCUCUCCACUUCUGGUUUUGUCUUCUGUUACCGCUGUAUCUAUGUCUAUAUCAAAGCAAAUCAGAGGUGUCCGAUGACAGGGUACCUCACUGAACUUCAGCACCUCAUCAAGAUUUACUCUUUCCCAUGA